AUGAAAUAAAAGCAAGGAUUUGGAUAAAGCCUAAUGCAAAUGAUGACCAACACAGCAUUCCAACUAGAUAAAAUGUGGAGUGAGGAUAUCAAGAUUGAUGAACUGAUGUAUAUAUUUGGUUAGGAAAUACAGAAUGCCGAAGCUUUUAAUUAGAAGAAGGACACUCUCAUUUGGUUCUGUUAUAGAGCGAAUAUUUAGUUUGAGGGGAAGGCAAUAUCAGAUUAAGGAUGGGGAUGUUUGGUACGAGUUGGUCAGAUGAUGUUGGCAAAUGCUCUAAUGAGAGAAUGCAAAAUUCUGGCCAUUAAUAAAACCAAAGCUAUGAUUAUACAUUUAUUCGAUGAUAAUCAAGAAUAUUCGACCAUAGCUCCAUUUUCUAUCCAAUAAAUAAUCAAAAGAGCAUCCAUCAAUCUGAAUAUGAAAAUUGGAGAUUGGUAUACAGGACCUAAAAUUAUGAGUGUGAUUGAAGACCUAAACAAAAAUAACAUGAAUAUCAAACAAAUAAAUCUAGUUAACUUUCUAGAAUAAUGUGUUUUGGAAUCUCAAAUUGAUUUAUCAUUCAAAAAACCUCAUCUAUUGAUUAUUCAUGCUAUUAUAGGAGAUAAAUCAUUAGGAUAAUUAGAAAUUCAAAAUUUGUAAUCACAUAUGCAGAUCUCACAAUUUGCCGGAGCAAUAAUUGGCAAAAAUAAUAAAGCAUUCUUUCUCAUAGGAUUUCAAAAAAACAAUGCAAUAUUUAUGGACCCUCAUUAUGUAUAGGAAAGCAAUAAAAUUGAAAUGGAGUGCAAUCUCAAGUGCCAACCACUUAAAUAAUUGAAUGGCACUAUUGCAUUAGCAUUUUACAUCUCAAACUACAUGGAGUACUUAGAAUUUAAAAAAUAAGUGAAUAAAUUAUAAGGAUCAAUAUUUAGCAUAAUUGAAGACAUUGGAUACAAGUUUACUUGA